UGACCAGUAUGAGAAUGAAAAGAAUCUUUUACUGAUGGAAUGGCAGCAACGUUUUGCUGUAAGCGUUUUUUACCAGUAUAUAGUAUUAUGGCCAUUUUUGGUUGUAGAUGUUUCUACUGAUGGGGUAUGGUGCUACAUAGUAUUAUGGGUAGUCCUCAAUCCAAUUCACUCAUCUUGAGAUGGUUGAAUUUAAAAAACCAUCUUGUAUCUGUAUGCCCAUCGUGUAUGGGGUGUCAUUUUACUUGGACCAAUCAUAUCCACACUACACGUCUUCUCCGGUUUACCUAUUGAAGUUUUUUAGCCUUGAUCGAAAAGGAUUACUACAUGGUUCUCUGUGAGCUUGAGCUUACAAUUCAAAGGGUAAAAGUGAUGACAACCCCGGAUGGCAGUGUUCUUGACCUCUUCUUCAUAAAAGAUAACAUGGAGAUUCUACACACAAAGAAGCAACAAGAUGAGACACUAGAACAAGUGCAUGCUGUUUUGGGAGAAUCAUGUAUCAGCUGUGAACUUCAGCUGGCAGGUACUGAGUAUGAAUGGCCUCAGGGAAUUUCCUCUCUUUCUCCUGAGGUAGCUGAGGAGCUAUUUGGGUAUGAAUUAUCAGACAAGGAAAUCCGCUCUCAAGCUCUUAGUCCAGAUAUGUCAAAAUUGAAGAAGGCUAGUGUCACAGUAGACAAUUCAUUGAGCCCAGCUUACACGUUACUUCAAAUACACUGUGCUGAUCACAAGGGUCUCCUAUAUGACAUCAUGAGAACCUUGAAAGACUGCAAUAUCCAGAUAGCUUAUGGUCGAUUCUCACCAAAUUCAAUGGGCUAUCAUGAUUUAGACCUAUUUAUUCAGCAAAAGGAUGGGAAAAAGAUUUUGGAUCCAGAGAAACAGAGUGCACUAUGUUCUCGUUUUCAGGUAGAAAUGCUUCAUCCCUUGCGUGUCAUCAUUGCCAACCGAGGACCAGACACUGAACUGCUGGUUGCUAAUCCAGUUGGGUUAUCUGGAAAUGGAAGACCACAAGUUUUUUAUGAUGUUACGCUUGCUCUAAAAUCUCUUGGGGUCUGCAUUUUCUCAGUAUGAAAGCUUGGCAUUAGAAAGUAAGUGAUUCAAAAAACUCAUCAGCACAUUGCAUUUACCAGGAUCUUCAAUCUUAGAUGGUUAAAUGAAUAUUACAUUUCCAGCAAGUAAUGUGGCAAAUUGGGAACCUUAGUUCUUAUAUUGCUAAUGCCCUUCCAUUCCACAUGUUGGCAUGGGUAAUUGGAUAUUGCCUAGCACUUAACUAUGGUACUUGCUUUUUCACACAAACUUGUGCAGUACUGAUGGCAUUCUUGAAUCAUUUCCAUAUUGUAAAUUACCUAGUCAAAUCUUGAAAUACUUGUAACACUUUCUGUCUUGGGUUUUUAGGCUGAAAUAGGAAGAUAUUCAACAUCAGAAUCAGAUCAUGAAUGGGAGGUUCACAGAUUUCUUUUGGAUGAGAACUGCAGGUUACAGUUGUCCAAAAUGAUAGCUAGGUAUCAAAUUUUAGAUAGAGUUAGAAGAACGUUGAUUGGCUGGUGAGUAGAUUUAUUCAUAUUAUACCAAGAAUCUAAGUUGGACUCAACUUUGUUUGCUUUCCUCCCUCCAUCCUUUUGGGAUUAAAUGAUCAAUAACCUGGUGCAUUAACUUCCGGUUAUCUAAUGCAGAAAGUUUGUAUUCUCAAAUUUCCUCAAGUCAUGACUGUGUGUUGAG